CUGACAACGUCAAAUCACAAAGGUUAAAGGACUCAUUUUUUUCUGACAGUCACAGCGGUGAGAGAGGAGGAGGACAUCAGGGAUUACCAUGGCGGCCAUCACAGAGUUCCAGAAGAUGGGUACUGGUCUGGUCGGAUUCGGUUUAUUUUUCCUGCUUAUUGGUGUGCUGCUGUACUUUGACUCUGUCUUGUUGGCCUUUGGGAAUAUCCUGUUUCUGUUGGGUUUGACAUUCAUCAUCGGCUUCAGAAGGACAGCCCAAUUCUUCUUCCAAAGAAACAAGUUUCGAGGUUCUUUCUUCUUUCUUGGAGGCGUGUCUCUGGUGUUGUGCCGUUGGCCAAUCAUUGGAAUGUUGGUGGAGAGUUACGGCUUUGUGCUUUUAUUCAGGUAAGUCCAGCUAGAUAUUUGUGAGAAAAGGGCUUCUAAUGAGUC